ACGACAAAAGAAUAUAAAAAAAAAAUCAACACAAAUCAUCAAAAAACCAGCCCAUGGCUAGGAAAAAAAUUGAAAAUUGAAAUUCUCUAAUUUAUUAAAACAAAUAAAAUAUAUUUUUCAUAUAAAAAUUCAAACAAAACAUCCUUCAUUAACUUUGUUGACGAUCACAUAUAUUUUUUUAAGAAAACUAUCAACAAAUCAUAAAACUUUUUUCGAUCGAAAAACGUUACUAGAAAGAAAAAAAAAAAAAAACAACGAUCGUGUAAUAAAUUUGUGUGUGACUGUGUCUGUGCGCCUGGUGCACUUCAUAUUCAAUCAGGUUUUUUUUUUUAUUCUUUAAACUGAAUGAAUAAUUGAAAUUAAUCAUAACUUUAAACAAAUAAGCAAUUUUUCUCUUUUGUUGUUAUUAAACAAAAUGCAAAUUAAUUGAAAAAUUAAAAAAACAAUUCGUUGAAAUGCACCAAAGAACCAAAAUUUAAUUUGCUUAUUUUCUUUGUAUUGUCAUUCGUGGAGCUAUAAUUUUAAUGGUGCUUCGUUGGACAUUUAUUUUUUGUUGACGUGUUAUAUUUUCUCAGAGAGAUGCGUUCGCAGAGCCCAAUUUUAACAAAAACUCUUUGUUCUCUGACACUUUCAAAUAACAAUAACAACAACAACAAAGAACACCACAAUAAUCGAUCAACAACGCCAAUUAUUCAUCAAUCACAUCAUCAAAAAAGCAAAUUAAUUCAAAUGACUACUGGCAGUGGUAUAAAUACAAACAAUCACAACAAUAACAAUUUCCCACAAGAAAUAACAACAACAACAACAGUACAACAACAACAAUCAAAUAAUCCAUCAACAUGCAAUACAAUACCAUCGACAUCAUCAUCCAUGAAUACCCUGGGUAAAUCAUCAUCGACAACAACGACGACGACAAUACGACACAAUAAUGUUGUCAAUAAUAACAAUUCAACGACUGCUAUAAAUAAUAAUAAUAAUAAUAAAUUAAGUACAAAUAACAAUAACAACGAAUCGAAUUCAAAUUCAAGUAAAUUACAAACACUCGAACAACGUAAAUUAGAAUUAGAAAAGUUACUCAACGAAAAGAAUUGGCUACUUCAGCAGAUUCAUAAACAAGAAGCUCAAAUUCUUAAUGGUAACUAUGAGAAUUUCAAUUUAUUUGAAAUUGGUAGCAAACUAGGUGGACCAUCGAUUUCAUUGACUGGCGGUGGCGGUGUUGGUAUUGUUUCUAGUUCUGGUUCUGGAUCUGGAUCAACACAAACGACGAAUACAAGUAAUUCGAUUCUACGACGUAAAACUAGUUCGAGUUUAAAGCUUCCGAAAAGUAAUGUUCAUUUCAAUGGCAAAGGUAAUCGAUUCACACUUUCUAAAUCAGAGUAUGAUCUUGCUCAGGAAAAUGAAAAAGUAUCAUCAGGCAAUCCGAAUGUCAUUAGUAUCAAAAAACGCCAAGGCCCACCACAGAAAACGAAUUCAUUUCAUGACAGUACAUCCGUGUCAGCUUUGAGUUUAACAAAAUCCCCAUCGUUUGAAUAUAAUAACAGUGGCGGAGGAAAUGGUGCAAAUGGAAGUUUAGGCAACGGUUUAAAACACAGCAUUGUCCGUCCACCUCACCACAACAGCAGCAGUAGCAAUGAGAAUUUGUCAAAUAAUCUUGGCAUAACACAAUGUGAUAAGUACUACUUGUCUCCAACGAGCCAAAUGUACACCGAUGGCAAUGGAUUCAUCAAAGCCAGUCAAAACAUAAAACAAUGUUUAUCUUCACCAUCGCCAAUGCAUAAAAUUAUGACUAUGAAUGAUGGCCAAACACAUAAUACAAAUAAUGGUAAUCAUUCUUUGGUAAAUCACAAUGGAAGUCAACCGCAUUUGGAACAAUACGAAAGUAUCGAUGCAUUAUCUUUGUCACCAUCAAAUACAUGUGAGCAGCAAAAUCAACAUACGAAUUUUUGGAGAGUUAUGUCGAAUAAUGAUCGAUCUGCAUGGUGCGAUAAUAGUUACAUUGAAUUAGAUAAUGAGAGUGUGAAUCAAUAUCAUAGUUUGAAACCUAUGGCCAAAAAAGUUUUACCCCAUGGUUCUUCUUUGAGCCAACAUUCACCUGAGAGUCCAUCACUAGGAAACUUUUAUCCAGUCGUUGUGGGAGCUUCCUAUCCAAGCACAUUCGAAAAGUCAUGUGAUGAAUUGUCAAUAUCUUCGGUGAAUAGUGAAACAAGUAAAAAACCAAAAAACAAACAAUGGAUGGAAUCAUCUUUAGAUGGACCAAUAAUUCGUUCGAAUAUACUACAAACUACUCCAUUAGUUACCGAUGCAAUUGCACUUUAUCCAGCUAUGUCGCCAACGCUUAGCCAAAAUCCGCUACAGUAUGCAUAUUAUAAUGUUGCUCGUCAAUCUGCAGCCACAGCUGCAUCAAAUUCUGCAACACCAAGUGGAAAACUAACACCAUCACCAUCCGUAGUGGCUGGUGGGGUUAAUGGAAACGGAUUGCUUUUAGUGCCAGUUGUCAACUCAAGGCCACCAACUCGUACUCUAACACAUCACUCACACCCUCAGCAGCUUAAUAAACAAAAUUUCCAUCGAGAACGUACAAAAUUAUCGUCGCAAUCAAUGUCUAGCAGCAGCUAUCGAACACCAAAGACUAAAUUAGAUGAUGAAAAUAGUCAUUUAAGUCAUUCGACGUCAUAUUUGAAUUAUGAUCCAUACCAUUAUCACCAUUUUCAACAACAACAGCAACAGCAGCAACAAUCUCAAUUAUAUCACCACAAUCAUUAUCAUUUGGAAAUUCCAACCGGACCAUUCCAACAACAACAUCAGAAGCAAAUUCAACAACAAAAAUCACCCAAAGCCCCCCCUCCUCCAUCAUCAACGUCGCAGCCUAAAUUCAGUCCAACUAUUCAACCACCAGCAUCUUCAUCAUUGGUGAAUGAUGAUUUUGGAACAAUUCGCUAUGCCACUUCAGUUGCCACUCAAUCAUCUAGAUUGUGCAGUUCAAGCCAAGCCCUGACUAAGAAACCUGUUCCUCCAAAUUCACUAUCUAUUAAUACUAUACCACAAAUUUCACCCGUAGCCUCAGCUACAUCUCCAGAUAUUCGAAUUGAAUCACCGAAGAAUAUGACUGUAGUACAGCAAGCUACAUUUUUGCCUUACAAAGAAAUAACAAAGCCUUUUGAGAUGUCAGAUUUUUAUAAAUAUUCUACCAAGUUUCGCCAGAAAGAAGCAAAUACAUCUACAAUGACGAAAAACCCAACAUAAAAUGGUCGAAUGAAAAAAAAAAAAAAAAAUGCUGAUAAUUUUAAAAUUUGUUUUUGUGAAUAGCUAAAGCGUUUUCCACUACUUCCUCUUGACCAUUUGAUUAGUUUUAAAUUUUAUUAUAAAUAAAAAAAAUGUAUAUUUAGUACAUAUAAAUGACAUUUUAUAUAAAAAUAUAUGUAUAUAUAUUUUAUCUGUAA